GUGCGUGCGCUUUUGUUUUCGCACCAACUUUGGCCAAGUCGCAGCGGACCCGGCGACCUGGUGGGUGCCCCCCCCCACGACUGCGUGACAAGUUGGGAGAAGGUGGCGGAGGAAAGAGCAGCACUCGCAUCUCUAUUUCUAAAAUUGGUACAGGGAGAUUUUGGGGUGGAGGGGGCGUGGACGGCGGAGAGGAGCGGCGGCGGCGAACAUGUUGGCUUUUGGCUGCGGUUCCAGUGUAGUGAUGUGCCGGCUGGAAGAGGAACCGAGCGACGCGUAGAGGACGUGGACUGAGCGGCUGGACGCGGAACGCAUUCCUCGGCUUUCUGUCAUUUUUAAAGCCCUCUUGUGUUUUUUAUACGUGGAUGUAUUUCUUCAACGCGCUGAAGGAGAUUUGAAGGAAGGAGCAGGAGCCUUGGAGCGGGUUAUCAAGACGCAGCAGCUGCCGUGCGUAACACACCAGAUCUGCUCCGUGCUCAUUUGAAUGAGAAUAGUUGGCUUUCAGUUUUGUUUGAGGAAGCCUAAUUGCUGGAAGUGAGCGCGCAUGGUAAACUGCUGUCCGUGCGUAAAAUCGAUGUUUUGAUGACAUUUGGGAUUUGAAAGCUGCAGCAAGUGAAAGUGAGGUGAUCUCCAUGUGUCAAUACUGACAGGUGUUAUCAACCUUUCAUUCACUAGCGGGUCUGUUCGUGUAUUUAUCACAUCGCGGACUCGUUUGUAACCAAAGCUGCGCCAUGGAUCGUCCACGGUCUUGUUUAAUCCUGCAGUUUUAACACACGUUGAUGGGAACGACCUUAGGAUGCGUUUGAGGCGCCGAAUGGGAAAGUAACCAUCACUUCAGUGUCCUCUUGCCUCCCGAGUUGUAGCAGCCAAAAUGACAAGCAACGGACCUGUCAUCGUCUUCGAGUGGCUGAAGACCCUCCAGCUCGCCCAGUACGUCGAGGCGUUCGUGGAUAACGGAUACGACGACCUGGAGGUUUGCAAACAGAUAGGAGACCCCGACCUGGACGCCAUCGGCGUCUACAUCCCCCACCACCGGCAGAGGAUCCACGACGCGGUGAGGCGGCUGAAGGAGGACGCCAAAGACACGGCGAGCGCGCUCUACUUCACCCUGGAGCCGAUGCCACCCGCGGCCGAGAUUUAUACCAGUCACAUGGUGGACCAGUACGAGUCCAAACUGCGCGGGUCCAAGUCCUGGACCGAGCCCAACAGCGACCGGGUCGGGCGCACAGGGGGCUACAUGGGCGCGCAGCGGAACCUGACGCUGGGCAACAGGAGGGAGCUGGUGAUUUACCCCAAGCUGAAGCUGAAGAUCAUGAUCAGGGAUAAACUCAUCAGAGAUGGCAUCAACCUGGCCAAGCCGCCCUAUUCUAAUAAGGAUGGUUCUCUGGGCAACAUAGAUGACCUUGCACAAGAGUACUCUGAGUACUACAACACCUGCUUCGGUGACGUCAGCGAUCGUGUGGAGGAGCUGCGCAAACGACGAGUUUCCCAAGAGCUCGACAUGGAGAAACAGGACUCGAGCAGCACGUCCCUGCAGCUCCGUAAUGAAAUCCAGGAAUCAUUAGGCUUCAGCAGUGAGGUGUCGACUCCUGAAACAGACAGAAAAAUGUCGCUGCACAAGUCCAGCUCUGAAGAUGGAUCUGCAGGCAAAUGGGACAACAAGAAGAAGAACAAAUCUUUUUGGCAGAACUUCCGCAAGUCUCCGCAUAAACCCAGCAUGCGACAGACGUCCAAAGGAGAGGACAUCGGCUACGUGGCCAGCGAGAUCACCAUGAGCGACGAGGAGCGGAUCCAGCUGAUGAUGAUGGUGAAAGAGAAGAUGAUCACCGUGGAAGAGGCCCUAGCUCGGAUUUUCUGAAUCUGGACUCACCUCUCACCUGUGAGGACAACACAGCUCUGUACACGGGGGUCCUGAAGAAGCCUCCUCUGCCCCAGGAGGCCUCUCUGCCCUCCCUCACCCAGGAUCAGCUGUCUCUGGACGGAGACACGGACAGUCUGACCACCUCCCCUUCCUCCAGCAGCUUGGACACCUGGUCCGGACACAAGCUGGUCAAAACCUUCAAUAAGUCUUCCAGCAACCACGGUCUGAUCCGGCCCCCCAGGAGGACCCCGGUGGGCUCUGGCGUCCUGGGAGGUUCCAUCUCCGGCGUCGGAGGUAGCGGCUCUUCCUUCUCGGAGUUGGAUGGCUGUGGACUGGACGACGAGGGGAAACUGUCACGCUCCACGACCGACGGCGAGAUGCGGAAGGCCCUGAGCUCCAUCUCCCAUGGGAGAACGUGCAGCUUCGGAGGCUUCGACCUGACCAACCGCUCGCUCCACGUGCUCAACGCGGGCUCAGAGGUCAACAAUAAGGAACAAGAAGCUAUCUACAGAGAAGUGGUCAAAUCCCCCACGACGUCCCGGAUCUCGCUGGGCAAGAAGGUGAAGUCGGUGAAGGAGACGAUGAGGAAACGCAUGUCCAAGAAGUACAGCAGCUCCCUGUCCGAGCAGUCCAGUCUGGACGGAGCCCCCGGUUCCCCUCAGUCCCCCCAGCCCGACACCGACUCUCUGGAGAAGCCGAAGCUGAAGGCCGGCGGCUCGGUGGAAAGCCUGCGCAGUUCACUCAGCGGACAGAGCUCAAUGAGUGGUCAGACGGUGAGCACCACCGACUCAUCGGCCAGUAACAGAGAGAGCGUGAAGUCGGAAGAUGGCGACGACGAGGAGCCGCCGUACAGGGGGCCGUUCUGCGGUCGGGCCAGGGUCCACACUGACUUCACCCCCAGCCCCUAUGACUCCGACUCCCUCAAGCUGAAGCGCGGCGACGUGAUCGACAUCAUCAGCAAGCCGCCCAUGGGGACGUGGAUGGGCCUGCUCAACAACAAAGUGGGCACCUUCAAGUUCAUCUACGUGGACGUGCUGAGCGACGAGGAGGAGAAGCCCAAGAGGCCCGUGCGGAGGAGGAGGAAGGGCCGACCACCCAAGCCCACCUCGGUGGAGGACCUGCUGGAGCGCAUCAACCUCAAGGAGCACAUGCCCACGUUCCUGUUCAACGGCUACGAGGACCUGGACACGUUCAAGCUGCUCGAGGAGGAGGACCUGGACGAGCUGAACAUUAAAGACCCUCAGCACCGAGCCGUGCUGCUCACUGCUGUAGAGCUGCUGCAGGAGUACGACAGCAGCAGUGAUCCUGAGCGCAGCGGCCUGUCGGGCUCCCAGGAGAAGCUGCUCUCCGAGGGACUGGGCCUGGUGGGAGACUCCCCGCGGGACUCCGGCUGCUACGAGAGCAACGAGAACCUGGAGAAUGGUAAGAGCAGGAAGACGUCCCGCUCCAGUCGUUCCUCGGCGGGGCUCCAGUCUCCAGACUACCCCACCCUGCCCAUGACCCUUUCAACUGAGGCUCUGCAGCAGAACGGCAAGAACCAGCGCACAAAGUCCUCGAAGAGCUUCUUCAUCAAACCCUCCCUCAAGGGCUUCAACCUGCUGGGGCUGCGCAAGGCCCCCAGGCGGUCCCCGUUCCCAGCAAGCCGCAGCUGCGAGGACCUGGACGGACCCCCGCAGCCCACCGGACCCUGGAAACGCUCCCACUCACUGGGAGACCUGCACUGGGAGCAGACUUAUGAGCAGAAGAAGGAUCUGGGCGUGGAGGUUAAACCCCCUGUGGAGAGGCCCAAAUCAGACAGCAGUAACGCAACCAAGGUCUGCAGAGGGGAGGGGUCCCCAGCUCUGAAUGGGACUCCACCAGUGAGCCCUAAAGGAAGGGCUGAGAGACCACCCAUACCUUCCCAGCUGCCUCUCCGGCCCCCUUGUCCCACACCCCAGUCCCCUACUCACCCAGAGUCCUUCUCCAGUCCUACUCCCAGUCCCCCAUACUCCAGUGGGGAGAGGGUGAUCCGGACUCACCCCAAGAAGCCCCCUGUGCCACCUCCCGUUCCUGCCAAAAAGUCGAGGGAAAGACUCGCCAAUGGCCUCCGUCACGCCCCUCUCUCCCUGCCCUCCUCGCCGUCCCCCACUCCCUCCCCAACCCACUCCCUCACCCGCUCUCAUCCCAGCAGCCCCCAGAUCCGAAGUAGCAGCAGCAGCCCCUGCCCCCCCGCUCUGCCCGCCAAGUCCCCGAGCACCCCGGCCAGCCCCUGCGCCUCCUCGUCGGCCUCGUCGUUCGGCGAGGAGUCGGGCACCCCCCCGGCGGUCCAGCCUCCGUGGCUCUCGGACCUCGGGGGCAAAGUGGCUGUUUCCAGAAAACUCUCCCAUAACAAAAUGAGCUGUGACCUGUUCACCCUGCUGGAGCAGCGGCUGGAGGCCGAGGGAAUCGACCUGACGGAGGAACCCUACUCUGACAAGCAUGGCCGCUGUGGGAUCCCCCAGCCGCUGGUGCAGCGUUACUCUGAAGACCUGGAGCAGCCCGCGAAGGACGUGGCCUCCACCAUGGACCAGCUCCGAGUCAGAGAGCUGCGUAAACAACACCGCAUGGCUAUCCCGUCUGGAGGUCUGACCGAGAUGUGCCGAAAGCCCCUCCCCUCGGGUAACAUCAGCACGGUCCCCGAUUGGCUCGUCUCCAUCGGCCUGCCCAUGUACGCCGCCCCCCUGGCGGCGGCGGGCGUCGACUCGCUGGGUCGUGUGGCCUCGUUGACGGAGAGCAGCGUGUGGGCGGCUGGCGUCCGGGACCAGAGACACGUCCGCCGGCUGCUCAGCGAGGCAAGAUCAGUCGAGGCGCCCAGAGAGGUGAAGUCCUAACCACGUGGGCGGAGUCCUGGUUGGAUAACAGGUGUCGACUCACUGGUCAGUACCGCCUCGUUUAAAGAUGGCGGCUGAGGGCAAAGUGGCCACGGGACUGAACUAAACCCCCAGGCGACUGCGGGACUUCCUGCCUCGUGUCUGAAGACUCGAUGUGGGCCGGUCGUGCUCUCUGAUGAUUUUUGUCCCCAUCACUCUAACUUUUUAAAUGUUUACGCCCACUGAGGAGUUUUCCCUCAACAGCCACGACAAGCUAUCAGAGGCCUUUUUGAAGAUUAGACUGUAGACUGCGGGAUGGCUUCCAUUCUGCAGACGCCCUCAAAGUCUUAAAGUAAAGACUUGGUUCUGCCUUUAAGGAGGAGCACACUCUUUUGUAGGAUGGAUGAUCUCUUUCCCUUUUGCUAAAUUCAGAGAGACGGUUUAUCUCCUGCCUAUUUCAUAAGUGCUUCAUUCUCACCUCCUCUCGUGGCGAAGCAGCAUUAUCCGAGGGGGUUUUCCUAAAGACGACGCCAGAACUCACCCUGGACUUCUCAUCCACUGAAGACAAACAAAGGAGGAAGAGGUGGUUUGGAGAUGGCCUAUUUUGUAUUAUGUCUCUGUAUUAUAGCAUAAUGAGUAUCUUCAUUUAAAAAAAAAAAAACGAUUUCUAUGUUAAAAGAACAUUUGUGUUUUGCCUUUUGAAUGUUGCAGCUCACAGUCGUUUCUAAGCUGAAACAGCCGACAUCCCAUCGCACCCUUAUAUUUCACCUUAUAUCCAGUUUUCCUGCGUAACUCGAGUAUGAACACGAGCACAAACAGAAAGCUCUGUUUCCCGCUCCAGGUUUUUCCUCCACAAUCAGCAACAAAUACACCCCCCUAUGUAUACAUGGACGUUUUAUAAAUUGCCUUAGCAAUAUGAACGAAUGGCUGGAAGAGAUAGUACAUACAGAACAUUCGACGUUACUUUGACCGAGACUGAACUGUGCUGAAUGUGUCCGAGUCUGAGGAGUAAUCGAGGCGCGGAUUUUUGCAAACGCACGCCAGAUAAAUCGCGAAGCCCAGACGAUGAAUCACGAAUCUACGGGAAGGAGGCGACACAAGUCCUCACCGCUCGAGCACAAGUUCACCGGGAGGGAGGAGAGAGUGGGACUGUUCCAAAGACGCAGCUGAUAACUGGAUUUGGGGGAUUUUUACAGACUCUCUGCACAUGAAAAAUUAGCUUCACAGCUGGAUGAUACGCUGUUUUGGGACUUUUUUCUUUUUUUGAACACAUUAUACUGUAGCUGUAAAUGUUGCCAGUGGGAAAGUCUUCACUGGGCGCUGCGGGUGGAAGGUGGGAGCAGUCGUAUCAGGUGACCUCCGAGGUCGGCACACGGUUUCACACUCUAUGGUCUUGAGGAAUCAGGGAAACACAGACUGUACAGGGAAACACUGAGUCAGGUCGGUCUGUUGCAGAAACAACUGCUUUGGGCCAAAAAUCUAAAAAACUUAACACAACCAGAAUCUCUUUCAUUUGCACACAAUUGAUCUAACAAAUGAUCUUUCUUUGUGUAGUUUCCCUCCCCCUCCCAGUAAAGUUUGAUCUUUCACAACCAGAACUGAACUGGUUAUUCCACGGAUUUCAUAUUUUAAAAGAAAUUGACCAAGUGUUAUUGUUAAUGUUUUUUUUUGCAGUGGGCACUUGAUAGAUAGAUGUUUGAUGCCUUUUAAUUCUUCUUCAAUCAAAGUUGUGCUCUGGGAAAGUGAGGACGAGGGGGGGGGGGGGGGGGGGGUCACUAUUAAAAAAAACAAGUGUUUUUUUAAUGAAUGAAAAUACUGACACUGUAAAUGCACUUUAGAAGGUAAAUCUAGCUGUUUUUAUAGGUGAAAUUGGCUUCAUUUAAUGGAAAUCCGGUGUCAGGUAUUAUAAAAGGGUUUCAGUGGGUAACGCUGGUAUUUUUUAAUUUAGUGUUGAGUUCCCGAUGCCAAGUUUGAACAACCAUUCACGAGUUAACCAGUUCCAGUGACUUACUUCCAGUUUGUUUUUGCAGUCUUAUAAAAAAAAUAAAAAUUCUUGAUUACAUAUAUGAAAUGCUUAGUAGAAGUUGCACAUUCUGUAUAUGUAAUUGAUAUUUAAUUAAUAACUUAUUUUUUUGCUCUCUUUUUUUUGUUCCACUUCAACUGUAAUUAGCUGUACUAUAUGAAUAGCAAUACCUUCCUGCAUAAUGCAUAUUGCUUUAGCCAGUGAGGAGCUGCAGUAUGUAAUGUAAAAUACGUGUACAAAUUAUUUUAUUUGGUUUUCAUCUGCCUAAUGAUUGUCCAUACAGAUUUGCUUGUGUAUUGAAACAACAAAAGUAAUGUCCAUAACUAUUUGUCAUUCUUAAAUAUAAUAAAAAACUGUUUCUUGCCAUA